CAUAACGGUACACAUGUUGCUAUCGGAAAACGCGAGCGGCCCAAGUGGAAAUGUAGCCCAAUCCGUUCGCUUCAGGCUUUCCAUUUAAAGCGCUCCUCUCGCACACGCACAUACACACACAUAUACACACAUACGCACACCCGUAAGUCCGCACACACACACACACACCCACAAGGGUUCUCGGCUCUCGUACUCGAGCACGCACCACUACGGACGCAAGUGCACGGUGCUCGUGUAUCCCAGUGUAUCUCAGUAUUCAUCUCAGAUGGCAGACGGCGUGUCUGCUCAUUAAAAGAAACUCGCCAGAAACUGGCCCAGAACAGAUCCAAGUUGGAGUUCCAGGCAAACCAAGUUAAACAAAGCAAACGCCUAACCGAUGGCCAAUAAAAACAACAUGGAAUAUUGAAUGAAAUCGGCCGGCAUAUAUGCACAUGCAUUAGCAGAUAAUCAUCUUAGUUUUCCCCUUAAAGUCUGGAGUAUGGAUGAAAAUGGCGUGAGCUAUCGAUGGCUAUGAAAAGGGCCAAAAAGAAUAGUCCAAUCAAGUGACACUUUUGAAUAAAGAGAAAGCGAAAAACAUGCAUCACGAGGAAUCAUCAUUUCAAGGAUUUUUUUGCCAUCGGAUUGAGAGAUUAGAUGGGCACGAGCUGGAGCUAGAGCAGGAGCAGGAGGAUCGAGGGACUCAUACCCCGAGGAGAAGAGCUAAAGCCACAUCCCAAUCAUGGAAAUACACCUGUUCCAAAGCGUGGAGACAUUUACUCCUGCCGUUGUUAAUGCUCACGGGUAUUGCCCACACAUUGGGCACUUAUAUUGAACAGGAUGAGCUCAUGCAGAAUUUGGACCGUCCGGUUCCACUGACCACCGUGCAGGGUGUCCUCGGACGCCAGGCGAUGCUGCCCUGUGACAUCUCGCCGCAGGAGCGGGAUGACGCGGUCUACAUGGUGCUCUGGUUCCGCGAGGGUGACGGUGAACCCAUAUACAACUUCGAUGUCCGUGGCCGACAGUUCGGUCAGGCUCGUCUGUGGUCUUCACCCGCGGCCUUUGGCAGUCGCGCCCAUUUCAGCAGCACCACACAUCCCGCCCAGUUGAAGAUCGACAACAUCCGCAUCGAGGACGAGGGCGUCUAUCGGUGUCGCGUCGACUUCCGGAAUUCGCCCACUCGUAACCUAAAGAUUAAUCUCACCGUCAUAGUGCCACCAGACAGGCCGAUCAUCUACGGUCAGAAUAGGCACGAAAAGGCAGGAAAUGUGGAGUCCUUUAACGAGGGCAACGACAUUGUCCUCACCUGCGAAGUCUCUGGCGGACGUCCGCGACCCAACGUCACGUGGUACUUGGACAACACGGCCAUCGACGAAUCCUUUGAGCAGCGGGUCGACGGGAAGACUGUGAACCACCUGUCCUACCCCAAUGUGGGACGGCAGCACCUCAACUCCCGGCUGAUGUGCGUGGCCAGCAACACGAACCUGACGCCGCCCAAUAACAAGGUCGUCGUCCUGGAUGUCAAUUUGAAACCCAUGGCUGUGCACAUCCUCACCAAGGAUCGAUUCGUAUCCGCGGAUCGCACCUACGAUGUGGAGUGCAAGAGCUCUGGAUCGAAGCCGCCGGCGCUCAUCACCUGGUGGAAGGGCAGCAAACAGCUGAAGAAGCUAACCAAGAAUUUUAAUGAACCCGAUAAUCAAUCUCUAAGUAUCCUGACGUUUACGCCCGGACGCGAGGACGAUGGCAAAUAUUUAACAUGUCGGGCAGAAAAUCAAUUCAUCGACGGCAGCGCCAUCGAGGACAAAUGGCGACUCAUUGUCCAUUACCAGCCCACCACGACGCUCAAGAUUGGCUCCUCGCUGAAUCCCGAUGACAUCAAGGAGGGCGACGAUGCGUACUUCGAGUGCAUUGUCCUGGCGAACCCGAAGCCGUACAAGAUGUCCUGGUUCCAUAACGGCAAGGAGCUGCAGCAUAACAUCUCCGCGGGCGUUAUCCUUUCGGAUCAAUCCCUGGUCCUCCAGAGCGUCUCACGUGCCUCGGCCGGCGACUACACCUGCCUGGCUGUCAACUCGGAGGGCAAGGGCCCCAGUAAUCCGGUCACAUUGCGCAUACGCUAUGCCCCGAUCUGUGCUACGGACCAUGAGGAGCUCCUGGGCGCCCUUAAGCACGAGACCCUGCCCCUGAAAUGUGAAGUGGAUGCCUCGCCGCCGGCAGAUUCCUUCCAUUGGACCUUCAACUCAUCCGGUGAGCAAACGGAGCUGCCAGCCCGCCUGCACUCGAGCGAGACGGGCAUGUCGCGAUUGAACUACACGCCGAGCACGGACCUGGACUACGGCACCAUUUCCUGUUGGGGCAAGAACUCCAUUGGCAUGCAGAAGAGUCCCUGCGUGUUCCAGAUUGUGGCAGCCGGUCGACCCUUUCCCUUGCAGAACUGCUCGGUGACCAAUCAGUCGGUGGACUCGCUGCAGGUCGAUUGCCUGGAGGGAUUCGAUGGUGGUCUUCCCCAAGGAUUCAUGCUGGAGCUGGUGGAGUUGAAUACGCUGCGAUUGGCCAGGAACAUCACGGUUUCGCACACACCGGUGACCUUUGUGAUAGACAAUCUGGAUCAGGCGGCCACCUAUCGCAUGGUGAUAUUCGCCGUUAAUGCCAAAGGUCGUUCCGAGCCCACCAUAAUCGACGACAUCAACUUCAAGGGCGUGGCCAAGUUCACAGGCGCCUCCACCGGGCUGUCGAUGCCCCUCUCUCCGUUCCUGGCGGGCCUGACCCUUUUCUGCGGCCUGCUCUUCGCCAUCUUCUGCAUCAUGAUGGCGGCCAUCUACCGGAGGUUCUCCAAUCGGCGCAGCGACAGCAACCUGAAGGUGGCCAAGCACACGCAGCUGACGAUACCGGCGGACUGCCAGCUGGACCCGCUGCAUCCCGGCGUCCAGACGGAUGGCUCCGGCAACAACCAUCAGCCGCACCACAGCCUCCUGCCCAUCAAUUGCGAUGGCGCCGCACUGGGCGAUGUGGGUGGUGGCGGUGUCGGUGUCGGUGUGGGAGGCAGUGGUGGUGGCCUCGGCAUGGGACUGGAUGGGGGCAUGAAAGGCAAUUCACCGAUGGGUGGAUUGGUAACCCUGCCAGGGGACACAAUGCGCUCCACGGCUCGUACACGGCAUAGUCCGAUGGCCGACCAGGCCGAAAUAGAUGACACCGAUCCGGAUGUAAUACCAAAUCAGUAUGAAAAACGUCCGCUGAAAAGCCUGGUUUCCCCACCGGGCUUUGCCAGCCCCUCGAACCGCCUGAUGCAGCGCGAUUACCUGCGGGAAACGGAGCUGGCCAAAGGUGGUAGCGAUGGUGGCCUGGGAGCGGCCGAAGGACUGUCCAGUAUUGGACUGAUGAGCAGCUCCGGGAACGAGGUGCUUCACUAUACCUUCCGCCCCAGCAAGCAAAUUAGCUAUGCUACACUGAACAAAAAGGGCAUCACCACCUGCAGUCCGCCGCUGGGCUCGCUGAACUACAAUGUGAGCACAUCGACGCCCUCGUCCUCAUACCACCUGACACCGCAGCCCAUGGAGGUGAGUCUCCUGAGUCCGAACAAUCCCUCGGUGACGUCGUCGCUCAGCGAAUACCGAUUCCGGACAGGGCCGGAGAUCGUGACCACCUCGAACCGCAUACAGGAAAGUUGUAUAUAAAGCAAGCAAAUCCGAAUCCAAAUCCAAAUCCCAACACCCAUACUUACUUCUGAGUGUACAAAACCAAAUGAUAUAGCGUGGCAAGUGUAUUAAUACAUGAGUAUCGUACCGCAUCGUAUCGAAUAAUAUCCUAGCAGCUAGACGUACUUAUUCGCAUGGUUUGAGGAAAGACUUCUCCUAGCUCGUAAGCAUCUUGUGUACUUAUGCAAUGCCAAAAGUGUAACUGCAAUACACUCGUUUUGUAAAUAAUCGUUGUCAUCUGUUGUUGUAAUUAGGCCCUAAGCCCUAAGUCCUAAGCCCUAAGUCCUAAGCCCUAAGAGAGAUAUUCUGGCCGUGAACGAGAACAACUACUACUUGAGAACAUAUCGUUUACUGUUUCACCCACAUACCAUAUCCUCCUUCCGUAUCCGUAUCCCUAUCCCACACAUAUCCCCCGAGGGUAUCCGAUAUAUCAAAUUGCUGUCAAUCUUAACAUAUCGCCGACAUCCUAACGCUCGCUAAGCUAACCCAUGGUCAUUGUUGUGCGCCAAAAAAACAAACAGCUAAAAUAGCAACUGAGCCAGCCGAUUGCAAACUUAUUUACGCCAUAUUUAGUAUACCAAUAAACGUAUAUAUAUAUCCAUUUAAUCUGAACAGGACCUGCACUCUUCCAGAGUUCCCGGCAGAGUUCUGCGGGAGUCGCAUUUGUGAGAAUAUCAUGUCCAUAUCCUCUAUGAAAAGUAUUACCUAUUGAUUUUCGUUUCGAUUAACUCGAGUGUUUAAGUGUAGCUACCGCGUACGUGUAUUUAACUAGCGCUAAGUAGUCCUAAGUAUCGGUCUAAGCGAAGUGUACAUACAUGAUUAUACAGCAGGCCGAACUCUGGGAAUCCCCCCAGUACCAGUUCCAAGUUGAGUCCCUAUCCCAGUCCCGAUUCCUAUCCCUAUAAUUUGUAAUUUGUAAUUGUCUAACCGCUCCAACCCGAUAACUGUAAACUGUACAUAGUUCAUAAUUUAUUGUGAGGACGAGAGUCGGGCCGUUCGAGUACGUGGUACGAUGUGUUGCCCCCAUCUAGAGUAAAUUAAGCAUUUAUAGAACAAUUGCUAGGCCGCAACACAGGUACAAAAUCUUCGGAGCGAUCC